AUGGAGUCAACUUUCGAAGGACUGUAUAAUCUGAAGGAGUUGUCACUAACUGGGAAUCGAAUAGAACAUAUCGAUAAAGAUACCUUUACGUAUACAAUGCCUCUAGAGGUACUAUCUCUGUCAAAGAACAAUUUGACGAUAUCAACUGAAAAGAACGUUAAGAAACGUUUGACAAUGUACAUUUCUCCUCUGGAAAACCUGUGGAAGCUGAGGAUCUUGGACCUCAGUCACAAUAAUAUCUCGGUUUAUUGUGAUGACUGGAUUUCUCUAAACUCCUUCAAACUUAAUUUGUCCUAUAAUUACAUCACUUCUCUUCCGCCCGUGGUCUCUUACAGAAAUGACGUCGAGGUCGAUUUGCGAUACAACAACAUACAACAAGUCAAACCGCCCAUCAACCGCCUAUCAUCAGCAGAAGCAAAAUUCCUUAUGGACCACAACCCAUACAGAUGCGACUGCAACUUCUACCAUUUCAUCCGCAAUUAUAAGUUAGGAAUAAAAACUUUCAGAAUUGACAUUGAAGCUGCUGAAUGCGCUCAACCGCCUGCGCUGAAAGGGGUUAAGUUGGUGAAUUUGCAACUAGAAGUACUGACUUGUGACGUAGACUGUCAAACUGGGGGUAUAAUCAAAUAUCCUAGUAACGAUUCAAAUUGUAAAUGUAUAUUGAAUGAAUUUCGAGGGAGAAUAGAGAUGUUCUGCAAUUACCUCCCCGAUGUGUACCCCAAACUGCCCCAACAGCUCAAUUCUACAUAUUUGAAGCUAAGAUACUUCACCAAUGUGCCAUUACUUCCGUCAGAAGUGAAGAUUGUUGAUUUUUCUUCUUUAAAUCUCACCCAACCACCAAUUGCCAACUCUGUAGUGUUGAAUCUGACGAACAACUAUCUGACUAAAGCUCCUCUCGAGUUGUUUCAAAGGAAUUGUUCGGUGUACUUAAGUAAUAACCCCUUUGACUGUACUUGCUGGGGGAAGGACAACGUGUUAGCUCUUAACGCCUUCCAGAAUCUUAUCCCAGACUACAAGAAUUUGACCUGUUCUAACGGCAUUUACGUAUCAAAUACAGUCGUAGAACAGCUCUGUGCUGUAAGAAAUAGCAUCAUCAUCGGCUUAUCACUCGGCACAUUUGUUAUUCUUUUCGUCAUAUGUACGAUAAUAGGCAUCAAAUAUACAACGGAAUUAAGGAUAAUUUUGAGGCAAUUUGGACUUUGGCGCGGAAACAUCGUCGGCGGGGAGGUUUACGAUGCAUUUGUGUCCUUCACUCAUCAAGACGAGGACUUUGUAAGGGAGAAGCUGCUACCGAUGUUGGAGAAAGGGAAACCACCUCUGAAGAUCUGCGUACACUAUAGAGAUUGGGUGAUUGGUGACUAUAUACCGGCUCAAAUCUCUCGGUCGGUCGAUCAAUCGCGUUACACAAUCAUCGUGCUAUCGAGAAACUUCGUCGAAUCGAUGUGGGGACGUAUGGAGUUCCGGACCGCUCAUGCUAAAGAUCGAGUGAUUAUUCUUAUGUUGGAGGACCUGUCGGCCGACAAAUCGCUCGAUCCAGAACUAAGGGCCUAUAUCUCCAUGAAAACGUAUGUAAAAGCCGAUGACCCGCUAGUAUGGGAGCGUCUGAGAGAUGCUGUGUUACGUCGUAGGAGGAAAACUCUAAACCAAACAAGCUGA